CCUCCCAACCCUCGUAGAUGAUGAAAUCAUGUUUAGUCGUGUGCCAAUGGUGCUUCACUGUCUUGUUAGGAAUUUGCUUGGGAACAGAUUCAGCAAAAUGGCUUUUGCAGUCAAAAUGCUAUAUGUCAGUAUAGAUUAUUGUUGAAUACAGCAUAUGGAACGGUUUGUUCAAUCAGAGUGCGGCUGAACUACUUGCUUCCUUCGAUUGAUUUUGCUGAAGAACAUGGUUCUGAUCCAGAGGAAACUUGAUGUCAUGUAAAUUACCAUGGUGAUCACUUCUCAGAAGUAUAGCUUAAAUGGAGCGAGGAGGCGAAGCGGAUAAGCCAGCUGAUGCGUACGGGAGCGAGGAAGGCGGCGCCGGUCUGCAACUCGAGGCUUGCAUUCAGGUGUCUGUUAUGGUAGGCGAGCAACCAAGCAUACAACAGGGUGGCUACUUACGGAGGUAGCGCCGCCACCGCGGUGAACGUCGGUGCCAUAUCAGUCACAACUCAAUAGCAAAGGAGAUCUCUGUCAGAGCCACUGGGAUCAGAGUUGCUUGCCUCUCGCAACUCGACUUCGAGCAGAUCACAAGGCGAACCACGGCAGGAGGAGACAACCUGGCAUCUGCUCAGCCUCUGCAACAGCCGGGUAUUUGCAACGGAGGCAACCGCCCGCCCCGCCGGUCGCCUGACAGGCUGACGCGGCCGUUGCUCCGGGAAGGCAGUUCGCUUGUACAACGCAAAUGUUCCUGCUCCGUCCGGGACCCGCAGAGAUACACCACGAAUCUAUCCCCGCUGCAGGUGGGCCCACUGGAGUGGAGUAAGUACAACGGGUGUUACGAGCCCGUGGGAAUUCAAAACAACGGAUCCGCCUGGGCCACACUCUUCCGUCAUCUUCUUCUCCAAGCCCUAACAGCCUCACUGCUAUAUAAGCAAGCCAACACCUAGCCGUAGCAACCCACACACGAACAGACACAUUCCGCAGGCACGCGCACACGUACACACACACGGAUCGCACCAUGCCUCCCACCAUGCUCGCGUCGGUGCCCACGAGGCCGCGCUCCAACCCCUUCCGCCGGCGGAGAGGGGUGGCUCCACCGCUCCCCAGUCAGAUCGCGGCGGCGGGGGCGGGGAAGCGGCCCGCUGAGUCGUCGACCUCGGCCUCCUCCUGCUUCCACAGCGAGGUCAUCUCCACCUCCUCCACCUCCCUCGCCGCAGCUCACCGCCCGGAGAAGAGGCCUCGGCGUCAGGACGCGGACGCGGACGCGGACGAGGCGCGGCCUGCCGGGUCCGAGUGCUCGGAGGUGAUCGGCGGUGCGAGGGUGCGCCCCGCCGAGGUCAAGGCCUCCGGGUCAUCGUGCCUCGGUUCCGUGCUCGAGUCCGACCUCGCCUGCCCCGAGCAGCUAGCCGACGAGGCCGAGGCGACCGAGUACUCCACGGCGUGCGACGAGCUGACGCCGGAGGAGCCCGAGGAUGAGGUGCUCAGUGGUCCCUGCCGCUGCGCCGAUUACUCCCUCAGCCCCCUGCUCGACUCCCCCUUGACCGACGACGAUGACGAGGACGUCGCGCCCUCCGCGACCUUCUCCAUCUUCCUCGCCUUCGCCAACCAGUUCGUCCCCUGCGUGCACCCCAAAGCGCGCGCCGUCACCGAUGCCGCUCUCGACCUACUUCCGGAGAAGAGGUUCGAGGAUUUGGACGACGAGGAGAGCUACGAGCGCUUCCGGCGGCGCGAGCGACGCGAGGCGGUUGCGCGCGACUACACUGAGGUAUAUAGCUCCAUGCCUGGAUGUUACGGCCGUCUCGUCGUGGAGCAACGUGUCGUCAUGGUGAACUGGAUCAUCGAGCAUUCGCAUGUGAUGAAGCUGCAGCCGGCGACAGUGUUCAUGGGGAUUGGAUUGAUGGACCGCUUCUUGAGGCAUGGCUACGUAAAGGGCAUGAGGAACCUGCAGUUACUAGGCAUUGCCUGCAUCACCCUGGCCACCCGCAUUGAAGAGAACCAACCCUACAAUUGCGUCCUUCAGAAGAAUUUUAGAGUUGGGUUCAAUACUUACAGCCGAAGUGAGGUCGUUGCCAUGGAGUGGCUGGUCCAGGAGGUCCUUAACUUUCAGUGCUUUGUCACAACAACACACCAUUUCCUCUGGUUCUAUCUGAAGGCUGCCAAAGCGGAUGGCAAAGUAGAGGAUAUGGCAAAAAACCUGGCGUUGCUGUCACUUCUGGACCAUAAGCAGCUCUCCUUCUGGCCCUCAACUGUUGCAGCCGCUGUGGUAGCCCUUGCUUGCCUUGCCACAGACAAUGAGUCAUCAUGCCACUUGGUUAUGGAGACCCACAUGAGGACGAAGGACGACGAUCUGCCUGAAUGCCUAAUGAGUCUCGAGUGGCUGAUCAGCUACACGUCGUGAUACCCAGGUUCCAGGUGAUGACAUUGAUCCAAUUUUGCUGAUUCCCAGUAAACACCGCCAAGUACAGUCGCUGAGGUAUGUGGAUAUGUAGGCGAUACGUGUAUCUUAGCAUUGACAGAUUCUUUCUGCACAUGCCAUUAUUUCGCCCAGCAGGGUAGAUAAAAGCCAACUCAGCGUGAAACGUAGCUUGUGAUUGUGCGACUUUCUAGUAAGGAGCAACACAGCCACGAAAUUUUGGUAUUGAGCUGUCGGCCUCAAGGGAUAAACCAUGCUGCUGAACUGUUGCAGUGGGCUUUCUUGUCUUUACAUCGUUUCUUCUCUGUUUUAGGGAGAACCAAGGCUGGGUGCUGUUGCAUUCUUCAGCUGAUCCAUUUGUUUAGCCGAUGUCUUGUUGAUACUUCGCUUCAAAAAAAAGAGUCUUGUUUAUAACUGAUGUACGGCUGAAAUUUGUUCUCGAUCUUGCGAUCCUGGAAGAUGCUCACCUAUCAGGGUGGAGCAAAAUGCUAUCCUCAAAGCUGUCAGGUGUCUGCUAAACUGGAGAUCACAAAGAAUAAAGUUUCAGUAAACUGCAGAUCCCAGAGGGCACCAACUCUCGUUGCUCAAUCACAAGUUCACAACCCUGCACAUUCGAAUCCACAACUCUGAUAAUCUUUUCGCAAGUGGUACCACUACCAGGAAAGCAGCCCGGGUCUUUGUAUGGGGGAAGGAAGUCUCUAGUCGAGUCGGAUAACUCGGAAGGAAGCCGGAAGCGGUCGGUUUCACGUGUUGGUCCUGUGUCCUGUGUGACCUGUGGGGCUCGGGAGUCCGGACCCGGGAUCGUUAAAGCUCCAACUUGCACGCCUUAAACGAGGAAAAGGAAAGGAAGGCAUGUCAUUUUCUGCCUUCAUUCCAUCAGGUUGUGCAUUCAUGCAUGUGCCCCGGGUGUUUGGGGUGCUCAACGAAGCAAAAGGUAUUAAGCGUACAUCUACCCUUUCGCCCCACUUGCGUUUUUGGGAAGCCGUCUGCCUUUUUUAGCUCAGGAUUGGAAAUUAUGACAAUGGAUAUAGGGUUGGCUGUUGCCACCUUAGGGAAAAAUGGCGAAAGGAGAUGGUGACUAUCGACCAACAUGUGAGGAGUUCAGUUCCUCUGAUAUACUGCAUCAUUAUUGCACAUCUGCCGACACGUGUAAAGCUCCACAUAUUAGCGGAGGUAUAAUAUGUCAGAGGAUCUCAUCCUUAUGGAGGAGCUUGGCCUCAAAUUUGGAAGGAGCCCCUUUUCUAAAGAAAAAAAUUGGAAGGGGUCAUCUAUCGAAGAUAUAUGAAGUGGGUGAUUUAUAGGUGGCUACUUUGACGUUUAAACAGUAAAAUAACUUAUGUAUUAAUAUUGUGUCCUUUUUUCCUAGAGGAUUGCACAAUUGUAGAUGGGGCACCUCACCCAAUACCCUUGUUGGUGCCCAAUUUGACCAUGUAUGAUGAAUGAGAAAAAAUCUUGUUUGCU